GCUGCUCACACGCUCUCAAUUCUCUGAGCUCAUCACCGGGUGAACAGCUGAGACCCGAACCGAAGUCUGACUCUGGACAGAAAAAGGAAAAAGUCGGUUUUUCGAGCCUUUCGGUCAAAGUGCCAAAUAACGACCGUGCGUAAUUACGCGUAAAAACAAUGAAUGCCACAGCAGCCAUGGAGGUGAACGCCGAAGCCAGACGGAUCCUGGCGGUGUCGAUAAGCAAGCUGUACGCGUCCCGGUCCCAGCGAGGCGGACUGAGACUCCACCGGAGCCUCCUGCUGUCCCUGGUCAUGAGGUCCGCCCGGGACAUCUAUCACUCCUCCCGGGAGAGCGAGGUGCAGCUGGCCGACGCGGAGGCGAUGGAAGCCGGCUCCUGCUCGUGGGAUCAGGUCGAGUCGCCCGAGCCUCAGUCCGAGCAGACCCAGGCUGAGUCCACGGUGGAGGAGCCGGACUGCGCGGAGAAAGAAUUCGAUGGUGAUUCAACGGAGGACAAAGAGAACCAGAGCCCGGCGAGGCAGUCCAGGAAACGCCGGGGGAAGGUGUCGGCGGCGCCUGACUUCCUUCCCAGCAAGAGGGCGAGGCUGGAGCCCGGGGAGGAGAGGUACGCGGCCAUGCUGGGCAGCUGUCGCGCGGGGGCCGUGGAGUCCCUGACCGCUUUGUCUCUAAAUCGGGUUAUACCUGCCUUCUGAACAUAUGGAGGGAGAAAAUAGCCUCCAAUGAGACUUACGAGAGGAGUGGAUCGUCUAGGGCGAUCUGAUCCCUCUGCGCACCGAGGUGCUGACCUACAUCGGCCGUCCCGGGACACGACCUCUGCGGCGGAUCUGCUUGAGCCUGUCGGGCACGUAAAAGCCCCCAGCGGAGAUCAACACGAUCACGAGACAGAGACUCAGGCCGAGGAGGGGAACCAGGGAGGCCGGAAAGUUUGAGGGGAAAACCGAAGGGGAACUGGUUCAGUUACUUUCCCCCCCCAGUGAUUCACCUUCACGGAGAUGAGUCCAAACAAGUGACUGCUGCUGACUCAAAGUGUGUGAAUGUGUGAUUCAGCAGAGAACCAGUGAGUCACACAGAGAAGAAGUGAGGCGCUGAACCUUUGACCACAGACACACACAGACUCACACACACGAGCAGGACGUCAGGGAGUUUCCUGCCUUUGUACGAGGAAAUCAGACUGACACAGAGUGGAGGAGCAGUGGAGACACACACACAGACACACACAUCCAGCUGCUGCUGCUGUGGACUUUAAUAAAUCAAUACUACUGCUUUGCACUGUCCUACAAACUGUGUUCACGUGGAGCUUUGGAGAAGGACGAACCUGGUGAUGGGAGCAUUAGUCUAAACUCUCUGUGUUUUCAAGUCACUGAAAUGUUCCUGUUGUCGACUGACGUGUGAACAAAAACAUUACCUCAGAUUUCAAGCUGCUCUUUUUAUUCGUUUCAUCGAAUUCAUGUUGUAAAUAUUUGUAAUAAAUGUUGAAAUUGAA